CAUCGCAUCUCAUCUGGCUUGUUGCCAGCCUCAGACCCAACCACCACCACUCCCCGGGCACCCUCUUCCGUCACCCUACGCACAACCCAAUAAUCCCACUGCAUCCUAUUGAUCAUGUCAAUUCCCACCUUUAGCCACCAUGAACUUACCAACUUGCAGGGUGAUCUAUUGGCUGCUUUGAAGAGCAACAAUACUGACGGCCUCGUCAACUUUGACAGCCAAUUCUCUCAGCUUGUGCUUGACGUCGAAAAGGCCAUCCCGACAAACUCGCUCUCUGUAGACGAACUGAAAGCUCAUUACUGCUUCAGUCACAAUCUGUACAUCGCAUCCACGCAGGCGCAACAAGCUCAUCUCGUGAUGGAUGAAUUACAUGACAGCUUCUCUCGGAAAUUGAACUUGCUGGCCCCACUAACGUCCAACAAGCCGUCAGCACCAGCACCCCCGCCAUCAAAAGAACCCGUCGCCCAAGAUAACAGUUGUUCUUCACCUUCUCACACAAUCCUCAAGAACUGGAGUCAAGCCCAUAUGACUUACCUUUUUCCGACACAGCCUCAACUUCAAGAGUUGGCCUCUCAAACGUCCUCGACUGAAACGAAAGUCAACUCUUGGUUCCGCAACGCUCGUAGCCGAUCGGGUUGGUCGAAAUUAUACGCGCUGAAAACCCAUGUCGACAAAGACCAAGAAAAAUUACAACUACUCAUUGAUGAAUAUCAGUCACUCAAACGUCUGAAAGCACCCGAGGAAUUCAAGAAACUAGUAGCCGAGCACGAAACUUACCAGCUUCUAGACAAGAUCUUCCGGUGGUUUGCGACUACGAAGGAAGGCAAGGCCCAUUGCACCGGAAACCUCUCCUUCCGGCAAGGCGCCGCGCGCGUCUUGGAUUCGUCCAAGCAACGAUUGCCUACCCUCUCUGCUAAAACUGCCGGUUCGAGUUCCACAACUUCCUCUUCGCCCACCGCUAACAGCUCGGCUUCCACUAGUGAUUCCUCGUCGCGAACCGCCUCCACCGCACCCACUUCGGUCGCUGGCUCCUCUGUUCGAUCGGCCUCGCGCGACACUUCUUCGGCUCGCGCAUCAUCUUCAAGCUCUUCGCGCAGCCUGCCAUUUCAACUCUCGAGCUCCCGCCAGCACCUCCAACCCCUCUUACCUCCACUGACAGUGGUCGCCCGUCGAUCUCCCCUUCUCGCCCUUUCCAACCCCACUUGCAAUGAUCGCUCAACCGAUUUGCUAGCCUCUUCCUCCAGUUCCCCAAUCCCACCCAACUCAUUGUUUGACCCUGCCCUCUUCGCCUCCAGCCCCCCAUCUGUCACUUCAUCCACAGCCAACCCCACUUGCACCAGUCGGCCGGCCGACUCACAAAACUCGAGGAGUCGAUCAUCAUCAACAACCUCCUUGAGCACUCCCAUCAACCCCACCAUCAAUACUGCAGCUGAACCGGCAUCUUCCUCCACCAAGCCGAUGAUGUACCACUGGGUCAACCCGCUGAACCCAUGCAUGAGGAUCUCCUCAACAUCCAAAUCGUUCAAAAAUUCUUUCAUCAACUACAUCUCUCCGCCCACCGUGCCCUCAUCCAGAUCGAGCUCCAAGUCAUCAUCUCCUGGCAGCUGGACGAGUCCGGUAAUUUCUCCUUUGGUUUCUCCAGUCGUCCAAACUUCGGACCUUCCUCACAAUCCUUUCCUGGGCUUUUGCCCUAAGCCUCUUCCCACCUCUAUUACUAUUCUUUCUUCUAGCUCUUCCGACUCGAUCCUCGACCGUCCUUCCUCCUCUCACCCGUCUAUCUGCUCUUCUUUCUCGAAAGAACCAGCACAGUCUACUCUUUCUGGUCAAUUCGAAGAUGCUCCGGAACAAUCGUAA